ACCGGGGCAACCGCGGCGCCUCCUCGGGGUGAGCCCUGCCGGUCUCUCCGCGCCAUUUUCAAACUGCCGUAGUUCGGGGCGGGUAACCGGGAGCUCGGGGAGCCGGAGGGCGGCGAGUGCGGGGGGCGAAGCGGCGGCCGGGGCUGCGGGACUUUAAAUUUUGAAGUGAAUAGACCUGGUUCUGGAAGGCGAGAUGACCACAGCUGCAGAGAGGAAGUUUAUUAACGUCAGAAGAAGAUUAGAUCAGCUGGGAUACCGACAGACUCUGACAGUGGAGUGUUUGCCUUUGGUAGAGAGAAUUUUCAGUGAUUUAGUUCAUACUACAGAAAGCCUUAGACAAUUAAAACUAUCUUCUGUGAAAGCUGAAAAAGAAAGUGCAAAUUUUGAUUUUGUCUUGGAGCCCUAUAAGCUUGAAAAUGCAAGAUUGAGUAAGGAAAAUAAUGAAUUAUACCUGGAGCUAAUGAGACUGAGAGAGUGCUCAGAACAAAACAUUAGAGAAUUGAAAACAGCAUUGAAGAAGAGUACACAUGAAACAGCUGAUCUGAAAUUUCUAAAUAACCAAUAUGUUCAUAAACUCAGACUUUUGGAGAAAGAGAGUAAAGCUAAGAAUGAAAAAAUUCAACAACUUCAAGAAAAGAAUUUGCAUGCUGUAGUACAAACUCCAGGUGGCAAGAAAAGAAGCAUUGCUUUCAGGCGCCAGCGGAUGCAAAUUGAUGAGCCAGUCCCCCCCUCUGAAAUCAGUUCUUACCCAGUUCCUCAGCCUGAUGACCCUUACAUUGCAGACCUUCUGGAAGUGGCUGAUAACAGGAUUCAGGAACUUCAGCAGGAGGUCCAGCAGCUACAGAACAAGCUAGCAGUGAUGGAAAGCGGAGUGAAAGACUACGGCAAGCAGAUUGAGCUGAGAGAACGAGAGAUAGAGCGCCUGUCAGUUGCUCUGGAUGGUGGGCGGUCCCCUGAUAUCCUGUCUCUGAAGACCAAAAAUAAAACCAACGAAAAGCUAAUUGCUCAUCUGAACGUUCAGGUUGACUUUCUUCAGCAAGCUAAUAAAGAGUUGGAGAAGCACAUUCAAGAGCUUUUGGAAACCAAGGAAACAGUGACAAGCGAAGUUGUUAGUUUAAGUAACAGAAAUGAAAAACUCUGCCAAGAAUUAAGUGAAAUAGACCAGUUAGCGCAGCAAUUGGAAAGACAUAAAGAAGAAGUGUUGGAGUCUGCUAAUAAAGAGCUUGGGGAAGCAAAGAAAGAGAUUAAAAGAAACCUCAGUGAAAUGCGGAAUCUUGAAGAAACAAUGGCAGAACUUAAACUGGAAUUAAAUGCAUGCCAUAAAGAAAAGGAAAGACUGAGUGAUGAACUCCUUCUGAAAUCAGACCUGGAAACUGUUGUUUAUCAGCUUGAACAAGAAAAGCAAAGACUUAACAAAAAGUUGGAAAGUUUUACAAGUACAGAAAGAAAACUUACUCUGGAAGUUGAGAGGAUGAGGCUGGAACAUGGAAUAAAACGUCGAGACAAGUCACCCUCUCGUUUAGAUACAUUUCUGAAAGGUAUAGAAGAAGAACGAGAUUAUUAUAAAAGAGAACUAGAACGACUCCAACAUAUAAUACAACGAAGAUCUUCCUCUAUGAAUUAUUGUGCACGUGAAAAACUUCCAAUACUUAAAACAUUAGAAAAGGAUGAUUACAAUUCAGAAAUUCAUGUGAUCACAAAAGAAAGAGAUGAACUUCAGCGUAUGCUAGAAAGAUUUGAAAAAUACAUGGAAGAUAUACAGUCCAAUGUUAAAUUAUUGACAGCAGAAAGAGAUAAACUGAGUACCUUAUAUACUGAAGCUCAAGAAGAACUAUCUACAUUAAGACAAGAAUCCUCCCAAACCACAGUCCCUAGUAAUCUCGUUAGUCUUAUGGAAAAGGAAAAGGAACUUGCAAUGUCUGACUUAAGAAGACUUAUGUCAGAAAGGGAAGCCUUAAAAGAAAAGUUAAAAAACAUCCAAGAAAUGAAUGUUUUUGGAAAAGCAGAAUUAGAGAAGACUGUUGAACAUUUGACACAUGUUAAUCAUCAGCUUGAAGAUGAGAAAUAUGAAUUACAAACUAAAAUGUUAAUAAUGAAAGAAACAAUAGACUCAUUAGAGAACAAAUCAAAUCUUCAAGCUCAAAAACUUAACCAUGUGGCCGGUGACUCAUCUCAUCAGAAAACAGAGAUGAAUUCCCUUAGGAUAGUCAAUGAGCAGCUACAGCGGUCAAUUGAUGAGUAUCAGCACCGACUCUCCAUAAAAAGAAGUGAACUCGAAUCCGCCCAAGAGAAAAUUAAAAUACUAGAGGAAAAAAUAGAUAACCUAACCCUGCAGAUGACAUCCCAGAAUGAGGAAGUUCAUGUCAUGAAGAAGACCAUUGGUGUUAUUGAUAAAGAGAAAGACAUUCUCCAGGAGACAGUAGAUGAGAAGACUGAAAAGAUUGCGAACUUUCAAGAAAACCUAGCUAAUAAGGAAAAAGUUAUUGCUCAGAUGAAGAAAACUAUCUCAGAAUAUGAAUUAUCUAUGAACCAGCUAAAGGAAACAUUGGGUAAUCGAGACCGGGAGAUAUGCUGCCUCCGACGCCAGCUUGAUACAGUUCAGAAAGAACUGGAUGAAGUGGGGAAAUCGAGAGAGGUGGCUUUUAAGGAAAACAGAAGAUUACAAGAUGAUCUGGCUACAGUGGCAAGAGAGAACCAGGAAAUCUCAUUGGAAUUGGAAGCAGCGGUGCAAGAGAAAGAAGAAAUGAAGAGUAGAGUUCAUAACUACAUAACUGAGGUGUCGCGAUGGGAGAGCUUAAUGGCCUCGAAGGAAAAAGAAAAUCAAGAUUUGCUAAACAGAUUUCAGAUGCUCCAUAGCCGUGCUGAGGACUGGGAGGUGAAAGCCCAUCAGGCUGAAGGAGAAAGCAGCUCCGUGCGCCUGGAGCUCCUUUCUAUUGACACAGAGAGGAGACAUCUUCGAGAACGGGUGGAGCUCCUAGAGAAAGAAAUACAGGAGCACUUAAAUGCACAUCAUGCUUAUGAAUCUCAGAUCUCAUCAAUGGCAAAGGCCAUGUCUAGAUUAGAAGAGGAACUGAGACAGCAAGAAAACGAGAAAACAACAAUACUGAAUGAUUUGUCGUCACUUAGAGAACUUUGCAUUAAGCUUGAUUCAGGCAAGGAUGUCAUGACACAGCAACUGAACACCAAAAACCUUGAGUUGGAGAGGACUAUGGUAGAAUUAGAAAAUGUAAAAUCAGAAUCAGAGCUGUUAAAAAAACAACUAUCAAGUGAGAGACUUACAAUUAAAAACCUUGAAUCAUUGUUGGCUACAAACAGAGAUAAAGAAUUUCAUUCGCAUUUAAGUGUCCAUGAGAAGGAUACAGAAAUUCAGCUGCUUAAGGAGAAGUUAACCCUUUCAGAAAGCAAAUUAACUAGUCAGCUCCGAGAAAACACCAUGCUUCGAGCUAAAAUGGCACAAUUGCAAACAGAUUAUGAUACUCUGAAAAGGCAGAUUUCAAAUGAAAGAUAUGAACGAGAACGAGCAAUCCAAGAGAUGCGUCGCCAUGGCCUUCCUACACCGCCCCUCAGUUCCACUCUGAAGUCUCCUUUACAGACUGCUGAACAUGUAGAUGUAUAGUAACCAGAAAUGAAUAAUAAUGGUUUUCAAGAGACCCUGUGGGGAUUUUUUAAAAGAACACAACAGUAAUGAAAUAUAUGAAGUACUUGUUCCUGCAAAUCAUGAACAUUGACACAAAUUCUACCUCUGUCAACUUUUAUUUAAAUCAGUGAAUAUUUAUGUAAGAAAUUUGGUUGAAAAGAACUCUGUAUAUUUUCAUAUGUAUGACAAAAAUACAUAUAUUAAUAGUGCUUAAGUGAUGCAAGGUCUAUUUUUGUAUUAUUCCUGACUUAAUUACUCUUUAAAAUGUACUUAUACUGUGAAUUAAUAUAAUGUAGUGUUCACAUUACGCUUUAGUAAUGUUUCUUAAUAAGACAUAAUACAUGCAUGGAAAUGUUCGUA